CUGAUUUCCCGAAGAGCCGCCGUCCGCAGAUCGAGGCUCAGCACCGAUCGAUCAUCAUUCGGUAAAAGCGUUGCUCGCAGAUCGCCGGCGAUCGAAAGUCUUCUCCUGGGCGCCUUACCCCCGGACUUCGAUUUGCCAAGUUCUUAGUCAGCCGCGGCUUUGGUCCAGCAUUCGAACCGAUCUGCCGAUCAGUUUCCUCUCGACAACUGGCCGGGUGGGAGGUGGGCAAAUUUUCGCCUUGCUGAGCUGCGACGAGAGGAUAUACAUUGCAAGUACUCACGCACCCAGUUUACGGUGGAACUUUGAAUUUCCGGGCGAAUUUAUGUCGAAGGAAUAUUAGUUGAUUUUACCGGUUUUCGCGAAACUCGAAAGAUUAUUUUCGAAUCGUAAUACCUGCCAGUGUUUUCCCGUUCCUGCAGCUGUGAUUCGUGAUUGAUCCGGGGAUCCGCCGAUCGAAACGAGAACGACACGAUGUCGGGAAUAUUGGAAUGGUAUCGGGACGUGAUGUACAACAAGAAUGAUCCGAGGACCAGCGAGUGGUUCCUGAUAUCCGGUCCAGGUCCGAUAGUGACGAUAGUGGUGACUUACGUAUACUUCAGCGUAUGGGCGGGUCCCAAGUACAUGAGGGACAAGAAACCAUACUCGUUGAAGAGCCUGCUCCUCGUCUACAACUUCACCCAAGUACUAGCGAGCAUCUACUUGGUCUACGAAGGCCUGAUGUCCGGAUGGCUUUACAACUACAGCUACACGUGUCAGCCUGUUGAUUAUUCAGAAAGCCCAGAAGCUAUGCGGAUGGCGAGAGCGGUGUACCUCUACUUCAUCUGCAAGCUUAUCGAGCUCCUGGACACCGUGUUCUUCGUCCUGCGAAAGAAGCAGCGACAAAUAUCGUUCCUCCACGUUUAUCACCACGCCAUGAUGCCGAUGUGCGGAUGGAUCGGCGUCCGUUUCGUGGCCGGUGGGCACCCGACGCUCCUCGGUGUGAUAAACUCGUUCAUCCACAUAAUCAUGUACUCGUAUUACAUGCUCUCGGCGAUGGGACCGGAAGUGCAAAAGUACCUCUGGUGGAAGAAGCACCUUACGUCGAUGCAGAUAAUACAGUUCUGCAUAAUAUUCGUCCACAACGCCCAGAUGAUGUUCAACGACUGUAAGUUCCCGAAGCAGCUCACCGUCCUUCUUCUCCUCAACGCCUCCGCCUUCCUCUACAUGUUCGGCUCGUUCUACGUUAAAAACUACAUGAAGAAUGUCUCGUCCAACCCCCAGAAGCUCGUGAAAAACGUCAACGCCGUCGCCAACGGCUCGUCGCAAGCUCUGAAGGCCGAGUAAAUGUCGUAAAUUUAAAACGUCCGGCUUCUUUCUUUCAUCCAUCUUUCGCAUCGAGCGUUUUUCCGAGGUGCCGCAAACUUCCGGAGAUAAAUUUUACUCGAAAAUUAACUCCCGGUUAUGGCACGUUAAGAACAACGGAUGCUAAUAACCGUUGACAGUUACUGAAUAUUUUUAAAGAUUAGUUUAGGAUAAGUGAAAUAUGAUGGAUAGAAAAAGCCUAGACAUUUUAUGUAUUCUAAUAGACAUUAUCGACGAAUGAUGAACUGUACUUAAAUUAUAGAGCCUGAGAAUUUAUUCGAAACAUUAUUACAUACAAAUUAGGCUCGCGGAAUACAUUUAGUUUUAUGACUUUAUUUUCAUCAUUAACAAUUCUUACAUUGUACACUCAAAACUGAUAACGGUACCUUGUAGAUAUAUGAUGACCUCGUGUUAUUGUAAAACGAAACUUUUCUUGUUUUUUUCUUCAAAUUAAAACGCGUCAUUUUUUUUUUUUUUUUUCUCACCGUGGGUCGUAAUUUGUACGUAACGAUAGGAAUACAGAGGAUCGGUAAAGAUAACGAAAUGACCGUUUCGAAAGUGAACAAUUAAAAUGUAAAACUAGAACUCAAAGCAACGAUGAUCGUGACGGUGAUAAUAAUAAUAAUAAUAAUAGUGAUAAUAAUAUUGUAAUUGUACAUUGUGUAACAGGUACCGUCUAGCGGUGUUCGAUGCGAUCUAAAAAUAAUUUGGAGACAAUUAAAUUUCAAUGCGAGGUACGUCAGGUUGAUGAACCGUUUUCUUUCAAUCCUAUUGAAAGUAUAGGUUUUACAAGCAAAGGAAAAAAAGGAACCAACGGGCUUGUAGUUUUUAUUAUACCGAUACAUUGUGUAAUAUUUUCGCCAGUCAAUAUAUUUAUUUAAAAUGUUGUACAUAUAUAUAUAUAUAUAUAUAUAAAUAACUAACAAUGUGUUAUUUCUGUACUUUACCAUGUGUUAUACAUAUAUCAGAUAAAAAUAUUUUAUAAUAAGAGACCAAA